AAAGGUGACUGCCCUGCCAAACACGUGUAAGCAACCAAUAUCAGACUCCCGCCUGCGCUCGCUCUCUCUUCUGAAAACAACCACCACCACUACUCCACUUUGUUCAGUCCCGUUCUCCAUUACCGCUAUGUCAGCCGCAGAAAAAUUGCAACAGCACCCUGCCUUCAAACAGGUGAAAACUAAAGCAGAGUACUACUAUGGCCAGCUCGACAAGGAGCUCACCAAGUAUCCCGUGCUCAUCAACUUGGAGCAACGCACCCAAGUACCCAAGGGCUACCUUGUCCUAGGAAGCGCUUUCAUCAUCACCUUCCUGCACAUCUUCAACGCCCUCGCUGCUCCUGUCUCUAACCUCGUCGGCUGGGCUCUCCCCGCAUAUCUCUCCUUCAAGGCCAUCGAGUCGCCGUCUCCCCAUGAUGACAUUCAAUGGCUGACGUACUGGGUCGUGUUUGGGUUUUUCAACUUUUUGGAGAGCUUCGCCCUCCGGCUCGUGUUGUACUACGUCCCAUGGUAUUUCGCCUUCAAGACGCUCUUCAUCGUGUGGUUACAGCUUCCUGUCUUCCGAGGUGCCCAAGUUACCUACGUCAAUAUUCUCAAGCCUGUCUUGAGCAACAUCAGCUCGAGCGGCGUCGUCGCAAAGGCAGAUAAUCUUCGCGAGCGUGCUGCUGAAGCAACCGAGUAAACUGGAUUAUGUUAUUAAUGCUGGCUUGAUCAUAGAACAUUUUUUUCUUCUCUUCUUUUCUCUUCCUUUUUCAUUCGUCCAUGUCGUGCUUCUGCUCCUCCGUAACGUACUCUCAUCCCGGCUUUUCUUUUUCAUGUAUGCUGAGUCCUUGACGAAUGGAAACGAAAAGCUUACCGUUAUGCGUAGAUGACGCGUGUGACGUCAAUGGUGCAGUCUAAGACAUUCACAG